AUGUGCUUGGCCGAGGGAACGAGUCCCGAGGCAACUCUGGGGGAGCGUCCUCUGGGGAAGUGUGAGCAGUGUCGGACUGCCACAGUUACCGAACGAAUAAUCAACUGUCCUCCGGAACUGCGAGCGGGGUUAUGCUGGGCUAAUGGCACUCAGUAUAAUCUGUGUAAAUUGGAGGGGGAGUUUUCUGGCGACCGCGGCAGGACUCCGAAGGUGACUGGGGCGGUUCGCGUUCUGAUCCACUCCACGCCGGCCCCGAGUGAUUCUCGGGGAGUCAUCGGUUCGUGCCCGACCCCCUCACCUAGCGGACGACUGCGAAAGCUGUGGGUAAAAAGGAUCAAAAUGCCAUUCAGGGCACUUAAGUCUAUGGUUCAGUCUGAUAAAGGUAUCCCGGAAAAUACCCCGCUGGGAUGUUUACUGAAGAGGUGGAAAAGUGAAGGGUCUUUCCAGGAGAUGAGUAAGGAUAAAAUGAUUGAUUAUUGUAAUCAUUGGUGGCCCGAAUAUAAGCGAGAAGGGCCGUCAUGGCCAAAGAAUGGUACUGUGGAUUAUGACACCAUAAAUUCAUUAAUGCACUAUCUGGAGGAAAGUGAAAAAUGGGAUGAAAUACAGUAUUUAGACUUGUUUCAUUUACUGCGUCGUAAAAAGGAGUGGCAAACUGAAUGUGGAAUAAUGGUGCUGGAAAUGAAAGAAUCUGAGUGCGGGGGGGGGGGGGAGGGUUGUAAAAAGAAAUCUAAAUGUGUGCAGUGUUUAGCCUUAAACUCCCGGCCAGAAGAGGAUUUGUCUUUAAUGGUGUCACCAGGCACGCCUUCUGCUUCACCCCUUCCUACCGUUUCACCCCUCCCCUCUGCCUCACUCCAUCCCUCGUUGUAUCCGCCGUUACCUGAAAGUAGUACGGAGGAGGAGGAGGAGGAGGAGGAUGAGGAGGCGACAAACAUAACAGUGGCACCAGGGAAUGCUAAAAAGGUUGCUAUGCGUCUUUCAAUCCCUCCCCCUACUUCUGCCCAAAAUCAGCGGAAUACUCCUCUCGCGGCACAAACUAGACAGGGACGUAAAAAUUAUGGGGGACCCCAGCUUAUCGCCCCUUUAAGGGAAGCUAUGGGACCCCAAAGAGAGAAAGUGCUUGUGAAAGUACCCUUCUCCCCAGGAGAUUUGGUGAUUUGGAAGCAGUCAGCAGGUAACUACCGUGAGAAUCCUGAAAGAGUGGCACGGGUGGUUAAGAUGAUUAUUAGGACUCAGAACCCGGACUGGAAUGACAUGCAGGUUUUAUUAGAUACCCUAAUGGAUUCCACUGAGAAAGAGAUGGUGUUGCGGGCGAUGAAAGAGCAUGCUCGGGAAAUGAUUAGACUGUAUCGAGCUGGGGGAACUGUGAAUGACUUAGUUCCGAAUGAUGAUCCGGGAUGGGACCCGAACAAGGCUGAAGGGAUGGAAUCUAUCAGGGAGUACCAGGAGUUGUUAGAGACUGCUAGACGCUUCACUGAUUUGGAGAUCGACAGUGAAGCAGGAAAAUUGCAGCUUGCUUUAAUCUUUUUGGGUCAGACACAGGAAGAUAUACGUAGAAAACUGCAGAAAUUAGAAGGUCAUGAUACUCGGGAUUUGGAUAAAAUGCUAGAAGUGGCUUGGAAAGUUUAUAAUAACAGAGAAAAAGAAACGGCCAAGAAACAGCAGGCGAAUAUAUUAGCUAUAAUGCAGCAAGCCGAACAGGACUUGAAGGUCAGGAUUGAUAUUGAUGGGAAAGAACAAGAGUUUAUUGUGGAUACGGGGGCAACGCAUUCAGUUCUAAACAAAAGGUUGGGACCUAUUAGCGAUACUACCAUACAAGUAGUGGGAGCAACGGGACAAUUAGAAGAAAGACCCUUUUUACAACCGUUAAAUUUAAGAUUUGGAGGAAAAGAAUUAGACCAUCAGUUUCUGUAUAUGCCUAAUUGCCCCAAGCCAUUGCUUGGCAGAGAUUUGUUGUCAUCAUUAAAUGUCAGAAUUAUAUUCAAGAAUGGGAGAGUAAAAUUAGAGGUUCCGGGAGAAGAAAUUGCUAAAUUGUUUGUAAUAAAAGAAAUUGAUCCCUCUCCUAUUCCUAUUGAAGUAGAUCAAGCUGUAGUACCUUGGGUAUGGGAGUCGGGGAACCCAGGAAAAUCAAAAGCUGCUCAGCCGGUGGUAGUAGAAUUAAAAGAGGGAGCUCAGCCAGUGAGAAUAAAACAAUACCCAAUUAAAUUAGAAGCUAAACAGGGUGUCGCUCCUUUGAUAACUCAGUUUUUAGCACAAGGAAUUUUGCAGGAAUGUGAAUCAGACUUUAACACUCCUAUUUUUCCAGUUAGAAAACCAAAUGGUAAGUAUCGGCUAGUGCAGGAUUUAAGGGCAAUUAAUAAUAUUGUCAAAGACAUUCACCCAGUGGUUGCCAAUCCGUAUACUCUAUUAACAUCUGUGUCGGAAAAAUUUAAAUGGUUCUCUGUUAUUGAUUUGAAAGAUGCUUUCUUCUGCAUCCCUCUGGCAUUGGAAAGUAGGAAAUAUUUUGCAUUUGAAUGGGAGAAUCCUGACACUGGAAGAAAGAGACAGCUCACCUGGUCUCGAUUGCCGCAAGGUUUCAAAAACAGCCCUACAAUAUUUGGAAAUCAAUUGGCAAAAGAAUUAGAAGAUUGGAAGACUGCUGAGGUAAGAGAAUUACCUUCCUCUUAUGUCAUUCUCCAGUACGUGGAUGAUAUCUUUUUAGCAACAGCAGAAAAAGGAAUGUGUCUAAAAUUGACUAUUGCUCUGUUGAAUAUGCUGGGCCAGGCUGGCUACCGAGUGUCAAAAGAAAAAGCACAGCUGAUAAAAGAGAGUGUAAUAUAUUUGGGAUGUGAGAUCACCCAAGGCCAGAGAUGGUUGGGAGUCAAUCAAGUGGAAGCUAUUUGUGCUAUUCCCCUUCCCAGGAACCAUCAGGAACUAAGGUCUUUUCUGGGAAUGGUAGGAUGGUGCAGGCUGUGGAUUCUGAAUUUUGAACUUCUAGCUAAACCAUUAUAUGAAGCUCUGAAAGAACCGCAGUUGAGCUGGGAUCGACCGAGGAAAAAGGCCUUUGAAGACUUGAAACAGGCAUUGAGAGAAGCUCCGGCAUUAGGCCUUCCCGAUUUAAAUAAAGACUUUCAGUUGUAUGUAAAUGAGAGACAGAAAUUGGCACUGGGAGUGCUAGCUCAGAGACUUGGUUCAUGGAAACGCCCGGUAGGGUAUUUUUCGAAACAACUAGAUACAGUAAGUGCUGGUUGGCCGUCAUGCUUGCGGGCAGUUACGGCCACAGUGAUCCUCAUCCAGGAAGCCAGGAAAUUGACUUUGGGAAGGAAAAUAGAGGUAUUUGUGCCUCACAUGGUACUGGCAGUCUUGGAACAAAAGGGGGGUCACUGGCUUUCAUCCAGCAGAAUGCUGCAAUACCAAGCAAUUCUGAGAGAACAGGAUGAUGUGGAUCUAAAAAUGACUAAUCAUGUUAACCCAGCAGAAUUCCUCCGCAGUGAGCAGGAAGAAGGAGAAUUAGCACAUGACUGCAUGGAGGUGAUUGAACAAGUGUAUGCCAGCCGAAUGGAUUUGAAAGAUGUUCCAAUGGAAGAUCCGGAUUGGGAACUGUUUACCGACAGGUCCAGCUUUGUAGAAAAUGGUACCAGGUAUGCGGGAUAUGCGGUGGUGACAGUUACCACUAUAGUGGAAGCAAAGGCCUUGGUCCCAGGAACGUCAGCUCAGCGAGCUGAGAUCAUUGGACUCACUAGAGCCCUAAUGUUAAGUUCCGGAAAGAAAGUGAAUAUAUGGACUGAUUCUAAAUAUGCUUUUGGGGUUGUGCACAUUCAUGGUGCCUUGUGGAAAGAACGAGGGUUAUUGAACUCUCAAGGAACUACCAUCAAAUAUAGAACUGAAAUUCUAGCCUUGCUAGAUGCAGUACACCAACCUGAAAAGGUUGCAAUAAUGCAUGUGAGAGGUCACCAGAAGGAAGAAGGAAAAAUAUAUCGAGGAAACAAAUUGGCUGAUGUCACAGCACGAGAAGUGGCCAGAGAAGUGUGGACCCAAAUGGCCCUGAUUCCCACUAAGGUGAGUCCUGUAACUCCACAUUUGAUUCAAGAACUGAAGUAUUCCCCGGGUGAUGAAAAACUAGCAUCACUGCUGAAAGCGCAAAAGAAUGCAACUGGAUGGUAUGUAACAGCCAUGGGACAAGUUGUGGUUCCCACCCGAAUUAUGAGAGCCAUCUUAGAAACUGAACAUAAUAAAUGCCAUUGGGGAGCAGAGGCAUUGGUAAAAAUUCUAAAAAGAGAAGUAAUUUCUAACCAGAUGUUAGCAUUGGCAAAACGGGUGAAUGCCAUGUGUCCAACUUGUUUGAAGAAUAACCCAAUAGUUAGGAAACAGAUCCAGUUGGGGAAGUUACAAGUGGGACCGGAACCAGAAGAUUACUGGCAAGUAGAUUUUUCAGAAUUACCAAAAGCGCAGAACUUUAAGUAUCUUUUAGUGUAUGUAUGCACUUUUUCAGGAUGGCCUGAAGCCUUUCCUUGUGGAACCAAUCAGGCAAAAGAAGUAGUCAAAACACUGUUGAAAGAAAUUAUUCCAAGAUUUGGGGUACCGUUAGGACUGUCAUCAGAUAGAGGCCCACACUUUAUAGCAGGAAUAGUACAAGAGGUGGCCAGGAUGUUAGAUAUAUCUUGGGACUUACACACCCCUUGGCGACCUCAAUCGAGUGGUCAGGUAGAGCGGAUGAAUCAAACAAUUAAGGGACAAAUUAAGAAAAUUUGCCAAGAGGCAAAAAUACAGUGGCCACAGGCACUGCCAUUGCCAUUGCUCAGAAUCAGAAUCAAACCCAGGGAGCGAGUGGGAGUUAGCCCAUAUGAAAUUCUAUAUGGAAAACCAUACCAUGCUAAUGUGUUGAAAGGAGAUUUGCACGUGCAGGGUGAUCAGACAAUAUUUGGUUAUAUCAUGUCACUAAACAAAACUCUUAAUGCUUUAAGGGGAACCUUGCAGUGGAAUCGACCUUUACCACUGGAAAAUCCGGUGCAUGACAUUCAACCAGGAGACCAAGUCUAUGUGAAGAAUUGGUCCACCCACCCCUUGAAAGAGACAUGGGACGGGCCCCGCCAAGUGAUCCUGACAACUUACACUGCAGUAAAGGUCGAAGGAAUAGACUCAUGGAUCCACUACACCCGAGUCAAGAAAGUCCCUGUACAAUGGGAGACUCAGAUAGUCUCUCCAACACGGGUGAUUUUUCGCAAAAAGUAG